GCCGCGACUUCGACGAUUCAUGGCUUAAGAGUUUGAGAUCACCGACGAAGGAAGGGUCCUCCCCUCAGCGGCACAUGGCCUGUUCGUCUCAGCGAAUGCUUCAACAGUUGUCUCUUUUAGAAUUCAAGACAAGAGAGAUGGAAGUGAGAAGCGAGCUGAAGCAUAAUAUUUACGAGAUUUUCAAAGACUUUAUCACGGGGAUCACAAAGCUUGAGGAACUAGAUAAUGCUGCAAACACCUUUCUUCUACGCUUUCAGCAAGCGCUCUGUAAGUUUUUCUUUGGUUUUUAUUGGUGGACCUUCUCUGACUUAAUUUCUUAUCCCCCAGCCUUGCUCAAACGCUCUCCAAUACUCACUUCCUCCAAGUUCAUCGAGAGCAUUCUCAAGAACAAUGAAACUAGACGGCUUAAAUCAUACGUAGAAUCAGGCUGUAUUAACAUCGAUGACGCUGCACUAAGCACACGGGCUUUGCAUACAUCUCUAUCAGGACUUUCUGACCACCUAAUCAAAGCUCAAAGCUUGUUAUCUGACCUCGAGCAUCUCACUGAUGAUGCCGCCCUUGCAAUUGAUACUGCAACAAAGCUCUCCACACAACUAGAUGAAGCAUCAAGUGAUGGUUUGCGACAAGUGACAAGUGAUGAAGAGAACGAAACUGUAUCUUUUGCUCAAGAACCUGAAGUUACAGAGUACGCUACAGUUAUUGCUGUGGUUUACAGUAUGGUGGAGCAGAACUAUGUUAUGCAGGAAAAGAUUGUGAGAUCUCUUAGUUUAAAGACCUCAUUUGAUGAACUCGAUACUUACACCAUGAUGUGGUCAUUGCGUCCGUUUGUAGAAGACCAGAUUAUGAACAGAGCAUGGAAAUGUAUCUACUAAUACUCACUUAUUCAAUCAGCUUUGUCAGUUAUUCAAUCAGUUUUGUUUGAUUAGUUUGUUACUUUGUUUCCCAUUUCUUGAAAAGAAAGCAAAUACGGGCCCUAUAAUUAGGUAGCUAGUGCUUUUUCUAAA